CAGAGACUGUGAGUUCGAGUGCAGAACCCAUAAUAAUAAUUUGAACGCGGAGCUUCUCCUCCUCCUCCUCUUCUCCUUCUGACUUGGUUCGAAACUGUUACACUAUCAACGAACUCAUCCUUUGCCUUCUUCCCCUUCCUUCUCUUCUCCUCUCCUCUCAUCUCUUUCCACUCCUUCCCUCCCCUCCCCUCUCCUCCCCUCCACUCCCCUCCCCUCCUCUCAUCUCAUCUCUACACCCCGUCGCAUCCCCCAUACCCAUACGCCCGCCGCCUGAACUUCCCCAGGAAUCGUUGCUCGAGACCUCCUCGGGACAUGCAUGGCUGAUCCAAUGCCACGAUGUCUGUCAUCUCAUGCCUCCUUCCACUAGGUUUCCGAGCUCGCCCGAUCUGCGGCCUUUCUCGCAGCGAUUGGAUACGUGCUUGUCCCCCAAUUACCCUUUCAUGUCAACCUCCGAUUCGUUCUCCUACAAUGCCUCCAUCAGACGACUUGCUUCCAGACGGCCCCGUCCCACUGCGGCGUCUAUAGCCGAUGUAUUCGUUGGUUCCUUGGUGGUGGCCGGUUACUGCCGCGAACACUCGCCUCGUGGCAGAGCAUUUUCGACAUUGCCCCAAAAAUCUUCCCGAGCUAAUACGGUCAGCUGGCAGGACCGGCGCUUGAGACAGACCGGGGAAAUUCCCUCACCGCGUCCUCUUGAUCGUCUGAGCUCGUCACCGGAAUGUUUGCAUCACCCAAGGACGCAACGGAUGUUCAACUCGGGAGUCGCAUUGAGGGCGAAGGAAGACAACGAUGAAGGCUAUGUUUGGGUGAAUAGGCCAUCGCAGGGUCCUCGCGCGCGACUUCAUAGUGCAAAUGUUUCUGGCAACCGCAAUUUCGCUGCAUGCGGGGAGGUCAACAGAAGUUCUAGGGAAGAACACGACAUUAGGUCUGUCGCAGAGAAGAUAUCACUAGAGAGCGAGACCAACUCUCCCACGCGCAACGACGCAACUACGACUACAACUCAGAUAUCGGAUGGAAAAUGCGAGUCGAAGAAGUACGGCUACAAAGGGAGGACCACACCCGCAAAGGCACUACAUAAAUCCGUCUCACAUUUUUACAAAACACUGUUCGAGGAUUCACUGGACUGGGAGCAGGCAGCAGAUCUAGUCACCAGGGACCGACCUAUGGUGGGCCCAUCAUCGGCACUAGCGUCGCCGCCUAAGGAAGUUAUGUCGCGCGAUGAUGUGGAGCUCGAUUCGGUUACGAGAUUUCGGGACGCCGUGUGGGACGAGAGCAAAUCAAAUCAGUACAUCUUUCGACUCUACAGAGAUAUUCCUUACCCGGGAGUCGCGCGUCUCUCGAAAGCUUGUCGGGGCGCUCUGCUACGCCGAUUUGCAACCCCGGAGAACCGCCGGUGGGUGGAAGCGCGACGGUUUCUUGCGCUGCUUGACGAUAUGGUUGUUGCCAAGCUCCCGGUGUCCCGUUCUCUAUGGACUUCUGCUAUUCAUCUCGCAGGACGGGCAUCGGGCAGAGUAUAUAAAAGAGAUUUAGUAAGGUCGAUCGGUCUCUGGCAGAAGAUGGAGCAUUGGGGCGGAGUCAAGUCAGACGGGGUUGUUUUUACCGUCCUCUUUGACAUUGCCAUCAAAGCCGGUCAAUUCACCGUUGCUGAUCGGCUCGUGGAGGAAAUGGAAGAGCGAGGUCUCCAAUUCGGACGCACCGGCAAAGUGUCGAGAAUCUAUCGUCAUGGCCAACAGCAUGAUGCUACUGGCGUCCGGCAAGCAUUCGAUGACUUCGCCUCGAGCGGCGAGAUCGUUGACACUGCCGUUAUGAACUGCCUGAUGGCCUCCUUCAUUUCUGCCGGAGAUGUGAAAGCAGCGGAAGCCAUUUAUGGACAAAUGAUGAUGAACCAGGCUGCGGGCUCCCGCACUCACGCCAUUCAUGGUAACUUGUCCACCGACAUGAAAACUUACCGAGCAAGAUCGAAAAGGCUCAAUCGCCUCCUAGAGAUCUCCGCCCGCCUCAAAGAUCACUUGCCCGAUCAUUAUCGCACGCUUCAAAGAGCGAUCGCCAUCACCCCCGACACUCGCACAUUCCGCAUCCUUCUGUCCUUAUACGCCCAAAAGACUGGCGACAUUGGAGCCCUGAUGUCUAUCAUCACUGACAUGGAGAAGGUUUUCGCUGUACCCCCGCGCGGGUUGAUAUACAUGUUCCUUUUCGAUGGGUUUGCUCAUCAUGGGCGGCGCAGAGAAGGGUGGACAGCGGAGAGACUGCGAGUGGCAUGGGAGACGUACCUGCGAGCCCUAAAUGAGUCCAAGUCGCGGUUUGAACAAGAAUUUCAUCCCCGCCCUCGAAGGAAAAGUCCCACAUGGGAGAAUCCGUUGCUCGAGUCGUACAUCUCACUCGCACAACCCUCGAUCCCGCACGCGACAGCCGGGUUGUACACCCAUUUACCACAGAAAGAAACUCCUAUCAAAGUGCAAGAGCUGGGCGUUGGGGAGGUCAUACCUACGGAACCCGAUACAGUUGUCGAGCCCGGUGAUGUCUCCAACGGGCCAGCACGCGACGACGAGGCACUUGGUUCAGAUGCGUCGGAGGAGGAACUGGAGCGUCAAAUCGAGAACGGGGUAUUUUUAGGUCGUCGCAUGAUUUUGACCAUCCUCCGCGCGUUUGGGCGUUGCUGCGGACCCCAGGAAGUUAUGGAAGUAUGGCUCCAGAUGGAACGCCUCUGGCAACCCUGGAAGCGCAGGGCGCAGGACGUCAUGGCUGUUAAGGAGGAACUGGAGAAGCAGAUGAAAAACGUCCGGUGGCGUUGAAGCGAUCUGUGAUUGUUAUUAUCGUUUAUUUGCCUUUUCGGUGGGCCUUUUCCAAGGUGCUUGUAUAUUAUUAUAUAGACCUGAUAGAUAGAUAUACCCUCAGGUAGAGAGAUUGGUUGCGAACACAGCGAUGGAUACAACAUUGGCGUGUUCUUGUUCUGCACAGCGGUUAUACGAGCUUAGGUCAGUGGAGGUGUCUGUAACAUCAUUCUAAUGAAGAAAAUUUAUGAAUUCCACCCGAAGUGCUGC